CCAAGAUCUAUGCCUGUGCUAAGACCUUUGGAGUUCCGAGACUGCGUCGUAGAUGGACCAGGUUUCAGAGACGCUUUGAAGAUGCAUGAGAAAGAACUUAAGGCAUGCAACAAGCAAGUCAAAGAGGUAUACAACAACGCAGAGCGCGUAUUCAAAGCAAUGGAUCAGCUCCACCAAUCGAUGCGUGAUUUUGCCGCAUCUUUAUCCUAUUGCUCCUUGAGCAGUAGUCAGCGCAUACCUACGGAUGAUGAGGUCUCUUGUGGCUCUUCCUCCGGGGAUUGGAACAAAACCGGUGUUGCGGAGAUUUCUGAGACAGAGGAUGAAGUAACGAUUCGGACAGCGUUCUCCGAAAUUGCGAAUAUACUUCAAAACGUAGAGGAUGCAAGAGAGACUAUGUUGGAGCCUAUCAAAUCUGUAGUUUUGACAGAAAUCAAUGAGCUCCGAACAGUCUGGUUAGCCGGGCACAAGACGGAUCCGAAGGCGUUUCUCAAAGAGACUGCUUCCUUUUGCCAAAAGCUGGAAAAGUACUUGGCAGUCAAGCAGAAGGAAAAUAUGACAGAGUCAGCGGAGAAUUUUCGGCAGAUAUGCGACGAAACCAGAGUGUUGAAGGAAAAAUUACUCAAUACACAUUGGGAACAAAUACAACCGUUCGAUUCGGCCGCAGUCCGCGAAGGGUAUCUAUUCAUCCCUAUCAAGAAAGCCGUUACUACCCUGUGGAUUAAACACUUUUGUGUAUAUGACCGUAGGGACAAAAUCUUGAAGGUCACCGCAUACACUCAAGGACGCACCUCGGAUUCAAGCACUGAAUGCCACGAGGUCAAAUCCUGCACACGUCGAUCCUCAGACAGCAUUGAUCGACGGUUUUGCUUCGAUGUGGAGGUUGAAAACAGACACACCCCCUUGACUCUUCAAGCGCAGUCACUGGAAGAUUUGCAUGAAUGGUUACUGAUCAUGGAUGGAAAAGAGCCGUUGUAUGCCGACCGAUCUGCCGAUGUCAAAGUCCCUGAACGAAACGUUCUGAAUAAGCGUGGAUAUGAAUUCCUUUGCAAUUUGUUGAAGGCUAUCGAAGCAGCUGACCUCCGAACACCUGGUCUUUACCGAGUUUCCGGAGUACAAUCCAAGAUUUCCACUUUGGUUCAGCAGGCAUUGUCACCCUCAGGGUUUCCAUGGGACACUUUGAAGGACCAAGACAUUCAUCUUUUGACCGGAGCUGUCAAACACUUUGUGCGACAUCUUGAUGAGCCCUUGAUGACUUAUGGACUACACGAUCAAUUUCUGGUUGCCAUCAAAAACGACCCAUCAGGUCGUCUACCGGAGCUCGCUCGACUUCUGGGUCUACUUCCACCAGACAAUUGGAAGGCCCUCAAGCUAUUGACUGGGCAUCUUUCAAAGGUGACCGCUGAAAGUGAUUACAAUGGCAUGACAGCUAGCAACUUGGGCAUCGUUUUUGCGCCUUCCCUGAUGCGUUCCUCGGAGGAGACGGUGGCUGCGAUCAUGAACACCAAAUUUGCUUGCAUAGCCAUUCAGCUCAUGAUAGAAAAUCAUGCAACGUUGUUCGGCACCAUGGAUUCAAGACCAGGUCAACUCCCUAGAAUACAGCAUCCCUCACAACCGUUGUGUGCCGCGCCUCUUCUCAAUCGCAUCCGACCGAGCCCUGAGGGUUUAUUAGUCUUAAGAAACGCGCCUGCUCCAGCCACGCAACAUAAGGGGUCUUCGCGGCCUCUUGUCCCACCAAACUUGGUGCGAAAUGUUGAACCGAUCCAACGUCGGCGUGCUCCCGUAUCACAGCCGAUAUUUAUCAGCGGAAUUCAUCCCCCGGAUUCCAUGGAAAGCGACGCCGAUGCCGUUUCACAAGGAAAGGAAUUACCACCUCAAACAUUUGUGCAUGACUGGGUUCAAACUUCGGCGAUGAGGGACACGAGUUUGGGUGAUUUGCGUUCAAAUCACUCCUCGGUAGCCUUACCGCGUAUCAACCAACGUAACGUAGUAACAUCUGAUGGAUGGCUAUCUACCUCCUAUCUGAUCCGUGACACACACACACAUCGGGUGCAAUCUUAG